AUGGUGUCUUCGACCGUCACCCAAAGCUUCAAAUCAUUAUUGGACAUCUUGGUGAACAUAUUCCUUUUCGACCUCUGGCGUAUCAAUCACUGGUUUGAAGAUAUCAAAAAGCCUCUCGGGCUUGCUGAAACCUGCAAAAAGACCAUAUACCAGUAUUUCAACGAAAACCUGUGGAUCACUACCUCUGGACAUUUUUCUACACCGACAUUGCAGUUCUGCAUGAGCCAGAUUAGUGCGGACCGCAUCCUCUUCUCGAUUGAUUAUCCAUUUGAGAGUUUCCGCGAUGCAUGUGAUUGGUUCGAUAACGCUGAGAUUUCGGUGACCGAUCGCUAUAAAAUUGGGCGAGAGAAUGCCAAGAAUCUGUUUAAGUUGGAGGAGUAUGCUGAUUCUUCAGCUUGA